UUCCGCCACACACUGAACGCGCUGGAAGCAGCCAUGGCGGACGGUCCGCUUUCCGAAGUGCUGCUGCGGCGGCUGGAGGCGGCGGAUGGCGGGCUGGACAGCGCGGAGCUGGCGGCUGAUCUGGGCGUGGAGCACCAGGCCGUGGUGGGCGCUGUGAAGAGCCUGCAGGCCCUGGGCGAGGUCAUCGAGGCCGAGCUUCGUUCUACCAAGCGCUGGGAGCUCACAGCCGAGGGCGAAGAGAUCGCCCGGGAGGGCAGCCAUGAGGCCCGUGUGUUCCGCAGCGUCCCCCCGGGGGGCCUGGCACAGAGCGAGCUGAUGCAACUGCCCAGCGGCAAGGUGGGCUUCAGCAAGGCCAUGUCCAAUAAGUGGAUCCGCGUGGACAAGAGCGCAGCGGACGGGCCCCGGGUGUUCCGCGUGGCGGACAGUGUGGAUGAUGAGGUUCAGAGGCGGCUCCAGCUGGUGCGCAGCGGGCAGGCCGAGAAGCUGAAUGAGAAGGAGCGGAGCGAGCUGAGGAAGAGGAAGCUGCUGACAGAAGCGACCCUGAAGACCUACUGGGUGAGCAAGGGCAGCGCCUUCAGCACCAGCGUCUCCAAGCAGGAUGCAGAGCUGAGCCCAGAGAUGAUCUCCAGCGGCUCCUGGCGGGACCGACCCUUCAAGCCCUACAACUUCGCGGCCCGGGGAGUGCUCCCCGACAGCGGCCACCUGCACCCGCUGCUGAAGGUCCGCACACAGUUCCGCCAGAUCUUCCUGGAGAUGGGGUUCUCUGAGAUGCCCACUGACAACUUCAUCGAAAGCUCCUUCUGGAACUUUGACGCGCUAUUCCAGCCACAACAGCACCCGGCACGGGACCAACACGACACCUUCUUCCUGCAAGACCCGGCGGAGGCCCCGCAGCUGCCUAUGGACUAUGUCAACCGGGUCCGGCGCACGCACUCGCAGGGGGGCUACGGCUCCCAGGGGUACAAGUACCCCUGGAAGGUGGAGGAGGCCCGCAAGAACCUGCUGCGUACACACACCACCUCAGCCAGCGCACGCGCCCUCUACCGCCUGGCACAGAAGAAACCCUUCACACCCGUCAAGUACUUCUCCAUCGAUCGCGUGUUCCGCAACGAGACCCUGGACUCCACGCACCUGGCCGAGUUCCACCAGAUCGAGGGCGUCGUGGCCGACUACGGCCUCACCCUGGGCCACCUCAUGGGUGUCCUGCAUGAGUUCUUCACCAAGCUUGGAAUCACGCAGCUGCGCUUCAAGCCCGCCUAUAACCCCUACACGGAGCCCAGCAUGGAGGUGUUCAGCUACCACCAAGGUCUGAAGAAGUGGGUGGAGGUCGGUAACUCGGGGCUCUUUCGCCCUGAGAUGCUGCUGCCCAUGGGACUCCCUGAGAAUGUGUCCGUAAUUGCCUGGGGCCUCUCGCUGGAGCGCCCCACCAUGAUCAAGUACGGCAUCAACAACAUCCGGGAGCUGGUGGGCCACAAGGUGAACCUGCAGAUGGUGUAUGACAGUCCCCUGUGCCGCCUGGACACGCCUGCACCCCCACCCACACAGGCAGCUGCCUGACCCCGCCCCCCCAGUCCUGCAGCCUGCCCCCGAUGUCCCUACCCGGCACCCCUGGUAUCUGAGGCCUCCGUGAGGCCAUCCCUGGCUCCUUCGCUCCCAUUCAGGGGGCAGCUGUCCUGUGUCCACCUCUGGGGGCGGGUCCGGGGGCUGCUGCCCCUCAUCUGGUGCCUUUUCUUGGGGGUGAAGAUGGGGGCAAACCUGGAGGGCAAGGGGUACCUCAGGGAACUGGAGCCUGGGCCUCCUGGGACAGUCAGCUCCCUACUGUGGCCAGGUGUCUCCCCCAUGGGAGGGGGCCAUGGGGCGGGUUCAGAAGUGACUUCUCAAAGCCCCCGCCUGCCCACCCCCCAAAUUUUUCGUUUUGGUUGAAAGCACUUGCCUGGGGCUGAUCCUGACAGCAGUGUUCGGGGGGCAGCAUUGGGGUACAGAAGGCACAGAGAUCUCUCCAUCUCCCUCAUCAUCCACCUGCACCCCAGAGCAGCCCCAGGCACCGCAGGGACCACUGUGCCGGACCCCUUUCCUGGCUGUGAGUUUGGAAAACAGGGCCAAAUGGGUUCACCACCGGCCCUGUGAAUCUUGAGCCCCCUCCACCCCCCACCACUUCCGAAGCUGCUCCAGAAACAUCCUGCUAUGUCUCAGUGGGGACAGCCCCUCCCCAAUACCCAGCCAUGCGGCCACGGACACCCAUCCCCCUGAGUUCCUUUGGUGGCCCCAGGAGAGACUCCAGCAGUAAGUGCGCAGGUGCUGUGAGCGGGGGAGGCACGUGCAGACACACCAGGGAGAUGCUCCAGGAAGGGGGACGGAUGGCAUAAAAACCCCAAAGGCACAUGUGGGUGGAACCCCCCCAGCCCCAGCAGAUGGAGCAUGAACUCUGGGUCUUUCCCCAGCUAGAUCUCCUGUCCUCUGGAUUUAGAAACCCUGUGGGCUGGCCCUAGGUCCUCUGACAAUAGAAGCCCCACUGGGGUGCCCCACCCCAACGGGUUUGGUGUUGAUCAUCCCCCAGAAUCAAAUCGUUUACCUCUGACAUAUGUGAUGUUAAUAAGGAGAUGUGCUUUAUUUUGUGUGUGUUUUCAUGUCAUAAAUCUGCUCCGGAAAUGGC